AUGGCUUGCACAGCCAUCCCGCAGCCGCGGGUCCCAGAGCAGCCCCAGCCCAUCUCUGCAAGAGCCACACCCGGCUCCGCCAAGGCCACGGGCCCCACAGGGGGGCACUGGAGCUCCUCGGAUGGCGACUUGGAGUGCUUGGUGUGCCGGGAUCCCUACAGCUGUACCCGGCCGGCCAAGCUGCUGGGCUGCCAGCACUCCUUCUGUGCCGUCUGCCUCAAGCUCCUGCUGUGCGUCCAGGACAACACCUGGUCCGUCACCUGCCCCUUGUGCCGCCAGGCCACCUCUGUCCCCGGGGGCCUCAUCUGCAGCCUGCGCGACCAGGAGGCCGUGGUGGGGCGACUGGGCCGGCCGUGGCCGGAGGUGCGGCUCUGUCCGCAGAGACUGGCAGAUUCCGCUCCCUCGGCGGCAGGGCACCCCGGCGUUGCGGGAGAGGAUGCGCAGGAGGAGGCGAACGCCAACCGUGUGGCCGCACGGCGCCUGGCCGUGCACUUGCUCCUGCUGGUCUUGCUCAUUGUCCUCAUUCUGCCCUUUGUCUACCCGGGCGUCAUCCGGUGGGUGCUCACCUCGGUGAUCGCCUUGGCCCUGCUAAUGUCCUCGGUCUUCUGCUGUCACGCCAGCAGCCAGGGCAGCUGCUGUCCCUCCCCCGGGACUGUUUUCUGCCGAAGACGGAAACACAGUGAGAUCUCUUCCAUCGCCUGA